GAAGCUAACAACUUGUAAUACUAACUAGAAGAUUUGUAUAAUUAGAUCUUAGUUUGAUGAUGCCGUUUUUAUUAUUCUAUCAAUAUAACUUUGUACUACUUCGAAUGUUCUUGGCUUUUCAAGAGUAAUUUUAAUUCGCUUUAGAAGUAGAACUAAUUUCACGUCACAAAGUGUUGACUUAUCUAUAGAGAGACAUAAUUAAGAACACUCACACAAAGGUAUACUAAACUCAAAGGUCAAAACGAUCAGGUCAUGAGCUACGUGCAAACCAUUUCAUACGUCUCCAUCCAACAUCCUAAAAUUGAAAAAUCAAAUCAUUUGUAUUCUCCCUUGAAUUCUCAAUUUAUUUUAAUAUUCUCACUUACAUACACACACAUCACACAUGAAGCAUGAUAGUAACCACAUGUCGAAAUCUUAGGACAAAGAUAGAACCGACAUGUAAGUCACUACUUGUUGCCAUGAACGUGCUUCCCAUUCUCUUUUAUAUUCCCCUUACUACUUAUAUCUCUAUCCUUUGCAUGUUUUUUACCCGGAAAAUUACAAACCAAUCUCUCAAAAAUCUAAGCUUUAGUUAUGCCUCCUCCGGCGAUGCUUGCGUUUGAAGAUGAUUUAGCCCAUAAUUCGAGUGAUAAUGAGUGGCAAGGUUUCAGAGUUUUCCCAGGGGAAAACACUACCACUAGCCCUAACCCUAACCCUAACACUAAUUACAAUUUCUUGGUUAAGAAUGCAAUUCUGCAGAACGAGAAAUCAGCCAGUACUCUUUUCGCCCGUUCAUCGGUAACAGAGGACAGCUUCAGAAUGGUACUUCCCCCGGCCAUGCCUCCUCCUAGAGACUCGGCAGUUCCGCUUCCUAUGCUUCCAGAGCCGAUGAGAAUCCGGAAGAAGCUUAGCUACCAAGAAUCAUUCCUCUUUAUGAGGAAAUCACAUUACUCAGAGAAGAUUCUCUACAAGGAAGAAGAUUUCAAAUGUAACGCCUUCUGCUUAUCUCUACCUGGAUUCGGGAAACACAAGCCGGUUAGAGCUUCUUCGAAACGCCAAGAUUCGAUGGAGAAGAAGAUGAUCAGAGCUUCUUCCUUCACAAACUCCACCGUGUCCAUACGCGCCUCGCUAGAGAAAUUCGAAUGCGGUUCUUGGGCUUCGACUACCGCUCUGAUUCAAGAUAACGGUCGGUUGUUUCACGAUUUCCCGGUGGAGAUGACGAAAUGCAACAGCCGAGGAGGAAACAGAGGAAGAGAUGUGCAAGAACCUGUGACUUCUGGUUUCUUGUUCGAUAGAGAAACUGAGACUUUGGCUCUGAGAAGUGUUUUGAAAACGAGGAGUACUAGAGAUCACAGGAGAUCUGCUGAGAAUUCACCGCAACGUCGUGUAAGGUUCUCGACUUCUUCCUCGUCUGCUUCUGUUUCUUGCCCUACGUCUCCGCGAACUUGUAUCACUCCACGUUUGCGUAAGGCUAGAGACGACUUCAAUACUUUUUUGACCGCACAAAACGCAUGAGUGAGGGAAACAAAAGACAGAACACCGAGAGUUUUUUUUUUCUAUUAUGUAUGUAUAUGAAUGUAAUGUAUCUACGGAUGCUGUGUAAAUACUUAUAUAUCUAUCAAGAGAGAGAGAGAGAGAGAGAUUGUUGAAUAUUUGAGAUAUCGAAAUCGAUGAUAAUAAGAUCAUUUAAAAC